CUCUCUCUCUUUUCAGAUUCAUAUAUAUACACAUAUAAUCCCCUGAUACAUACAUACAUAUACAUACAUAUAUAUAUAUAUGGACAGAAGUAAUCAGAUGCGCAGGCAGAUUGCCGUAAUGAGGCAGUCUCUCUUUGAUCAGGGAUUUCUAGAUGAACAAUUUAUCCAGUUGGAGGAGCUACAAGAUGAUGCUAAUCCUAAUUUUGUAGAGGAGGUGGCUACAUUAUACUACCGAGAUUCAUCUAGACUCAUCUAUAACCUGGACCAAGCACUAGAGAAAAGUCCUCUGGAUUUUAAUAAGUUAGACAACUAUAUGCACCAACUGAAGGGAAGUAGCACAAGUAUUGGAGCCAAAAAAGUGAAAGCAGAGUGCACUCAGUUUAGGGAAUAUUGUAGGACAGGAAAUGGAGAAGGAUGCAUUAGGACAUUCCAACAGCUGAAGAGGGAGUAUGCUCUGUUGAAAAAGAAGCUUGAAACAUUUUUUCAGAUGAAAAGACAAGUUGGGCCUGGUCAAGCUGCAUGCCGCUCCAAGUAAUAAUUAAUUAAGAUAGAACUGUUUUUGGUUUUGGUUUCUUUUUGCUAAUAAAAAGCAAGAGGCUGCUUAAUUAGCCACACAUGUUCUGAUCGAUGUAAAUGCCCUGUGAAAUGGGUUUAGUGGCCACUGGCGUAUAACUAGGAUAUAUAUAGUUUAGGUUAAUAUUAAUCAAAUGCUCUA